AUGUUUUUGUUCCUCGUAUUCCUUUUAUGUGAAAUAAAUGCUAUUUCAUUUAAAGAAUGGAUUAGUGUUCAUAAAAAAUCAUUUAGUCCAAUUGAAUAUUUAAGAAGAAGAGCAGUUUUUAUUGAAAAUACAAAAUAUGUUAAUGAAAUGAACAAGCAAAAUUUAGGAUUUACUUUAUCUAAUGAAGGUCCAUUUGCUGUUCUUACUCGUGAAGAGAGUAUUGCUGUUACACAAGGAUUUCGUAUGGAUAAAUCUGAUCUUGAACAACACAAAACUUUGAAAAGAGAAAUGACUGAAGCUAUUGAUUAUAGAAAUAUUCAAGGAAAAAAUUAUAUGACCCCAGUUAAAGACCAAGAGAAUUGUGGUUCAUGUUAUGCUUUUAGUUCUGUUGCACUAAUGGAAACUGCUGUUUUGUUGGCAUAUGAUGAUCUUAGUCCUAAUACUUACGCACUUUCCACUGCUGAAAUUGUUUCAUGUUGUUAUGAUCCUAAUGGAUGUAGAGGGUGUGAAGGAGGGUCUAUUGGAAGUGCACUAAAAUAUGCACAAGAUAAUGGAAUGCAAACUGAAUCAAGUUUCCCCUAUAAACCAUUUGAACAACGUUGUUUACAAGGUGAAAAAGUUAUGAAAGUUAAAAAAUAUACUCAUAGUGAUACUAAAGGAGAUGAUGAAAAAGUCCGUUCUGAGAUAUUGUCAUAUGGACCUGUUGGAUCAUCGAUGGAUGCCUCACGUUCAUCAUUCCUUUUAUAUCAUGGUGGUAUUUAUAAUGAUAAAAAAUGUCGUUCUGAUAAGCCAACAAUUGCUGUAGUUAUUAUUGGAUAUGGUAUUGAUAAGAGUAAUAAUAAAUAUUUUAUUGUUAGAAAUAAUUGGGGACAAUAUUGGGGAGAACAAGGAUAUUUUAGAAUAUCAUCAGACAACAAUUUAUGUGGAUUAUCUAAUGAUAUCUAUUAUAUAGAGUCUAUAGAAAGACUUAAAUAA